UAUGAGAGUUGAGAGGGUUGCAGGACUGUCUACAGGAGCCUUUGAAAUACUGUACCUAAACGGUCGCAUACAAUAGCACUUUCUGCCAGAUUCUUGGCGUUUGAAUCAUCUUCCGCAACCCUCGUUCCAUCGAGUCGCAAUGGGAACUGGAAUGGUCGAGCUUGACGCCCAUGAGCAGCCGUCGGAGGCAAUGCGGGCACUAUGGAAGGGCUAUUCAAAAGCAGAUCAAAAGGAACUCAUAAAUGGAGAUUCAAUCGAUGACCCCAGGUCAGCCGAACAAGCUGAAAAGUUCUCAGUGGCUGGGAAGAUUUCGGUUGAACAGCUCGGCACUGCUUUCUCUCACAUUACUUCAACCACCGUCGAAACAUCGUCACUCCAAGAGGUUCCCAUUCUCUACCACCCGCUUCUGCCAGGGCUUCUUAUCGUACCGAACCUAGUGCCUCCCGAAGUUCAGAAGACUCUCCUUUCGCAGAUGAUCAAUCGGGAUCUUAGCGUCCCGACACAUCAAACAAAUCUUCACCUUCACUACGACCUGCCGUACCCGAAAGCUGCAGAUGGGUCUCCAGAGUCUUUCUUCUCAUAUCCACCUGACCAAACACCCAUCUUCACCCCUAAGGACCCCUCGGUACACAAGCCCCUGUCCAUCAAGCAAGUCAUGGAACGACGUCUCCAUUGGGUUACCCUCGGCGGCCAGUACGACUGGACGAACCGGAUAUAUCCCGACGAGCGUCCUCCCCAGUUUCCUUCCGACAUUGCUCAGUUCCUGAAGACUGUCUUCCCCGAGACCGUCGCCCAAGCCGCCAUCGUCAACUUCUACACGCCUGGCGACACAAUGAUGAUGCACCGCGACGUCAGCGAGGAGACCGACAAGGGUCUCGUCAGUCUGAGCUUCGGCUGCGACGGCCUCUUCAUGAUUGCGCCGAACGAGCCCGAAAAGGUGUCCGACGAAGCAAAGGCUACUGGCAAAGAGUACCUCCUUCUCAGGCUGCGCUCCGGCGACGCCAUCUACAUGACCAAGGACUCCAGAUUUGCGUGGCAUGGCGUGCCCAAGGUCAUGAAGGGAACAUGUCCAGACUAUCUAGCCGACUGGCCGGCGGAGGAUGGCAAGUACGAGAAAUGGAAAGGCUGGAUGCAGAACAAGCGGAUCAAUCUCAAUGUGAGGCAGAUGAGGGACUGAUAGUGAGCAUGGAACACUGGCUGCAUAUUGGGAGCGUCUCAUUCAAGUUACUUU